AUUGCUCGCUCUUCACCUGACCCGGGAACCCCCACAAAAUCGUGCCAAUCAAGAGGUUCAAGCCUUCAUGUUCACUUUAAGAACACACGUGAAACUGCCCAGGCCUUCAAGGGUAGGCGUAUCCGAAAAGUCACCACGUCUCUGAAAGACGUCACUUUGCAGAAGCAAUUACAACGCUACAAUGGAGUUGGUAGGUGUGUCCAGGCCAAACAGUGGGGCUGGGCACAGGGUCGGUGGCCCAAAAAGAGUGCUGCAUUUUUACUGCACGUGCUUAAAAAUGCAGAGAGUAAGGCUGAACUUAAGGGUUUACAUGUAGAUUCUCUGGUCAUGGAGCACAUCCGGGUGAACAAAGCCCCCAAGAUGCGGCACAGAACUUACAGGGCUCACGGUCAGAUUAACCCACACGUGAGCUCUCCCUGCCACAUUGAGAUGAUCCUUACAGAAAAAGAGCAGAGUGGUCCUAAACCAGAAGAGGAAGUUGCACAGAAGAAACAGAUAUCACAGAAGAAACCGGAGAAACUAAAACUUAUGGCCUGGGAGUAAAUUCUGCAUAAAAUACAUGCAAAUAAAAGUCAA